CGUGACGUCACAAGCACCUGGUUUUGAAAAGUUGACAUUCUUUGAAUGUACACUAUCAAUUCCGAUUUAAUUGACAUCUUCAAUAAAGGAGAGAAAGUGUGCCUAAAUUCCAUCAGAUAUAUUAGGAAUUUAGUGUUAAAAAGGACUGGAAUGUUGCAUUGGCACUAGAAGACAAACAAUCAGGAAGGGAUCUAUUCCAUUAGUGCAUCAUGGGCUGUGGAAACUCACAAGUUACACCUGAGGUGGCAGCAGACCAACGGCCCCUAGAAAAGCCUGUCCAGAACAACAAUGGCUAUCAUAAAUCUACUGAAGCCAGUAAGAAGAAAUCUGUCCAAGACUCCAAAGCUAACAAAUCAGACUCACAGACGAAUAAUCAGGUACCUCGUUCAGUAGCCUUCACAGUUGACCUUGAUGGGAAGGAAACACAGAACACUCUUAUUGGGCCUCCACCACCUCGAUUAAAGCGACUUGACCCACUAAACGUUCCUAAGUUGACUGCGUCAGAACUUGCUGAGAAACAACGACAAGCAGAUGAGAAGAGGGAACAAGAAAUCCGAAGAAAAAAGAGUGCUUCAUUGAAGGCAUCAAGGCGACGGCUACAAAUUUUAGAGGCACAGAAAUUUGAGCAGGAAUUUCAGCAGAAGGAAAAACAAGAAAAGAUUGAAGAGGCAUUGGAGUCCGCAGAAAAGACAAGAGACGCGAAAUUGAAGGAGCGACAAGAGAGACAGAAGAUCCGAGAACAGAGGGCAGAGCGGGCUAGAGAAAAGGUAAAGAAGCUGAACGAGUUAGACCAUGAGUUGGACAUAGAGGUAGAGAAAGACAGUGAUUACAACGCAGAUGAAGUUGAUUCCUGGUUAGAGGGUGACAACAACAACAACAAAGACGCGACCUCAGCUGACUCUGAUGAAAAUAUUUACAAUGGUCGAUCUAGUCCACACAAGACCGUCAAACGGCCUAACAACGCAUUGAAUAGAGGAAUGAGUGAAAAGACUAUAGACAGUUUUGACGAUGCCUACAAUAGAAAUCAGACUAAAUCAUCCUUCAAUCCUGCACAAGUAGCAAAUGAGGAUGAAUUCUUCGACACAUGACCAUAGCUUGUUCUAGAUAUUCACAAAAAGCUCAGUAAGCAGUAUUGUAAUGGGCAGAUCUUGUCCUUCUAAUUUAUUUAUUAAGCACAUGGUAAGGUAUUAGAUGCCUAAUGUUUCCCUUCAUUUUUGGCAGGCAUUAACUGUCGCUGCGUUAACAAAGGUUUCCAAAUGAAUGCAUUUGGAAACCUUUGUGAACAUGGUGAAAGUCACUAUGUCAAAAUUUGUUGGAACUAAUAGACAUGUAUUACCAUAAGUAUUUGUGAAUACAUUGUAGAAAAUAAACAUUACCAUUACUUUAGCUAUUGAAACGUUCACUGAAAGCAACGUAUGCUAACAAAUACAUUAAGUUAAAAAAAUAUAUUUAUUUAUUUAAUAGCUAUGUAUAGCUUAAUUCUGUUACAGUUUUAUUAUCUUAUGUUGACUGUGCGCUUAAAUUAAAAGUUGAAAAUGACCUAAAUGAAAAUCAGUUUGUAGUUAGUUUUAUUGCCAGGCAAGCCUUCUUCAUGUAUGGUACACUACCUAUUACACUUACAAGUAAUGUAAAUACUUGUAAAAAUGUUUAUCAAAAAACUAAUUGUCUGUUGUUUUGCAGACGUAUCAACAACAUUGUUUGGAAGUCAUGUGUUGCUGUUGAUGGUGUUUACCUGCACUGUAUAAUGAAUAAGUCAUAUCACUGUCCUCCCUAUAAUUAUACUCUCAUCAAAAAGUCAUGUCAUAUUUAUUAAAGCCUUGCUCUGGGAAAACGGGGUUUAAUGCAUGUGCAUAAAGUGUUGUCCCAGAUUAGCCUGUGCAGGCCGCAUAGGCUUAUGAGGGAUGGUACCUUCCACCAAAAAUGGAUUUUUGCAAGACUUACUUUAAACUAGAAAUACAAUAAAAGCCGAAAGUAUUGUCCUUUGUAAACCUGCACUGGCUCAUCUUGGACGACCAUUAAUGUUCAUGCCUUAAGCCCUUUCAGUGCUGGAACCAAAUUUUGAAGGCCUUUGCAAACAGUUUGGAUCCAGAUGAGACGCCACAGAACGUGGCGUCUCAUCAGGAUCCAAACUGUUUGCUAUUCUGAAAGUAUUCUUUGAAAAAAAUCGAAGAAAAUGCUAAUGUUAGAAAUUCAGCAGAAGACAUUUUUGCAGACGACAAAUUUCCCAGCAUGCAAAGGGUUAAACCCUGUUGUCCCAGAGCAUAGAUCAUCUUGAUCUCUCAAUUUUUAAAUUUGUUAAUGAUUACAAAAAUUAACUGAUUAUUCGAAUGGAAAUAAACAAGUAAUAAUGAUUUUUUUAACAUGAUACACAAAAAGAAAAAAGCGGUUAAUGUAAGAGGUCGUUCAUCUAAUAAGAAUGUGUUCAAUGUGCAUAAUUUUCAAUCGGUUGUAUAUUAUAAUGAUUAUUUUAUCUUGAUAGAUUUUUUGAAUUUUAAAUAAAAUGGAUUUUACCAACCAGUAGAACUUGCUAUCUUUGCUGGAGACGUAAAAACACUCCAAGUGCGAUUCUUAGAACGAGUAAAGUAUUGCACCUUGUUUCGAAAGGUGAUAAUGAGAAAAAGAAACUAAAUAAAAGGUAUUUUCUGUUGUCUGGUGAUAGAAGAAAAAGAUGCAUUAAAAUCUGGUGAAGGAAUUAAUUAUGUUUUGCCUUGAUUUUGAUGCUGAAAACUAAAAAAGCAGAGGCUAAAAAAUGCAGUUGAACACAUAUGCAUUAACAUUAAACAUGUUUAAAUACAUGUGCACUUACCGGUAAAUGAUUGAGUCAUGUGAUAAGUAUUGUUGGAAGCUUUAUUACAUUUUCUAAUUGAAUGUUAACAUUGUUUUAAAGGAAUCAUGAUUAAAAGAAGCAUAAUUGGUGCAUAUAGAUUGAUAAAAAGAAAGUAUUUAAAGAUUUUGUAUUUUUUCACCUGAGAGACUAUUGUAAGGUUGUAUGAGGACGAAAAGGUCACUGACUUGAUUGAAGACAAAUGAAAAAUAAAAUUAGAGUGUUUUUUUUCAGAAAUUGUGUAUGAAAGUCAAUAUAUCUUUCAUUAAGUCAAACCCUUUGUUGAAUUUGACACCUCCAUGCACCUUUUAUAGACCAAAUUUUUGUUACAUGACUAUCACAAUUACAUAAUUCACCAUGCAAUUGAUGUUGUUCCAGUAUGAUUCUGUAUAUCAAUCACUGCUGGAAACUAUAGCGGUAAGUACUCAUGUAUUUGUAAUCUCAAAAUUAAAUGAUUGAGAGAAUACAAAGAGUAUGAUUCUGUAUACCAGUCACUGCUGGAAGUAACUAUGCACAUACUCAUGUAUUUGGAUCAAUCUCAAAAUAUCAUGAUUGAGAGAAUACAAAUGCUUUAAAAGUCAUCUCUGUCAAGCAAUUAUGAUUGAGCUGUCUCAUUGGUUCAGAAUUUGUCAAUCAAAACGUAUCAAUCAGACUAGUAGUUAUAAGUCUUAAAAAUGAGACUUAAAAGGAAAAUUUAUAGUUUCUUUUGAUAUGGGACUAAAUGCGCUGGAAAUUUAUAGAGAUUAUUGUCCUGUUUAAGCCUUUGCAUGCUGGGAAAUAUGUCGUCUGCUAUAAUGUUGUUUGCUUAAUUUCUAAAGUUAGCAUUUUCUUUGAUUUUUUUUUUCAAAGAAUACUAUCAGAAUAGCAAACAGUUUGGAUCCUGAUGAGAUGCCACAUUCUGUGGCGUCUCAUCUGUAUCCAAAUGUUUGCAAAGGCCUUCAAAAUUCCUGUUCCAGCACUGAAAGGGUUAAAAAUCAGUAGCUUAGUACUGUAUACCGGAGGCUAACUAUAAGUGGUUUUGUUGUUAGAUUAUUUUUAAAUGUCAAACACAUACUUAGGUCUGAAAACUUUCUUUAUAAAAUAAAUGCAGUUAACCAAUUAAAAUUGUUCUUGAUAACCUAUUUGAACUUUUAAAAAAUGAAAAAAUUGUAUGUGGUCAAUGUUAUUUUAGUUUGAACAUGAUUGACUAAAUUUGAUGAAAAAAACCUCUUGCCAUACUUAGAGCAGUGUUCAUCUACUUACAAUACUAAAAUAAUUGAGCCACGCUCUGUGUAAAGGAGGUUUAAUGCAUGUGCAUAAAGUGAUGAAUGUUAGCAGUCUGCACAGGCUAAUCAGGGACAACACUCUCGGCUUUUAUAUUUUUCUCUAAAAAAAGUAUCGAAUAAGAAAAAAAUCUACUGUAUGGAAAUUUACACGCAUGCGUUAAACCACCUUUUCAUUGUAUUGAUGUAUUCUGAAAUUAAUAAUAUACUAACGUUAUUUGGUCUUUUUUGAUGUAUAAGUAUUUAUAAAAGUUUGUAUGUAAAAUUUGAUCAUUAAUUGAUAUAAACUAUUUUCGAAAGAGAAAUUUGUAUAAAUUGCUUCUUAUUUCAAUUAUGAGUGAGAUAUGAGGAGUUUUUUGCAUUCUCCUGCUAGAAUACUUCAUGGGACAACUGAGAAAUUGCAGUUUUUACUCAUAUAAUAACAUACAUUCCAAUCAAAAUGCACAAAAUGAAAAACAGUGAUAAGUUCUUUUUCUUCUUCAUGACAUUUGUUAUUUAUAUAGAAUGCGAUUAUUUUUUCCAUGCAAUUAUAUAUUUUCAUAUUUAUUUAAGAGAUAACUAUUUACAAAUUACACAUGUUUCUUUUCAUAUUGAACAGUAUUUUAUUUUGUAUCUAACUAUAGCAGGGUAUUUUACCAGUAUUACUGUACAACUAUGUUGCUAAAUUAUAACAUGCAUAGAUUGUAUGUAUUUUAAAGCUGUUUACAAAUCAAGGUUGUUAAGAAAAACACAUAAUGAAGCCUUCACUCUGAAAUGUUGUCAUUUCCCUUACGAAACAGAAAGUCUAAUGUUGAUAGACAUCAGUAUUUUUGUUAUGUCCAUUUUUUUUUAAUAAAAACUACCUUUCUAUCAAUCUCCUUUUACUGCUGGGAACCAAUGGAAAAAACAGCAAAUAUGUCUAUCAUUUUUCAAGGUUUAUAUAUUUAUAGCGUUUUUUGUACCAGAGUUUAUAAUUGUUACUUUUAUUACUGAUAUUUGCUAGAUGUUUAUUUCUUGUUGUAUCCUUCAGUUUUGUUGUGUAUAUCUUUUCAAAUUGGAUUUUUCCUCACAAGGUAAUCCAGUAUUGCAUUAUCAACAUUACAAGAUGAAUGUUUUUCUGUUUUUCACAAUCGGUAUACCUCAGAUGCACAAACUGGACAAUAAGUGAACUGUAGAUGCAUGCAUUAUUUGUAGGGCAAUAAAUAUGAGCCUCCCCCUUGAACAACAGGGCUUAAUGCACAUGUUUAGCCCUUUGCAUGCUGGGAAAUUUGUCGUCUGCUAAAAUGUUGUCUGCUGAAUUUCUAAAAUUAGCAUUUUCUUCGAUUUUUUUUCAAAGAAUACUAUCAGAAUAGCAAACAGUUUGGAUCCAGAUGAGACGCCACGUUCUGUGGCGUCUCAACUGGAUCCAAACUGUUUGCAAAGGCCUUAAAAAUUCGCUUCCCGCACUGAAAGAGUUAGUGUUGUUCCAGAUAAGCCUUUGCAGUCUUCACAGUCUUAUCAGGGAAGACACUUUUGGCCUCGAUUUACUUUAAACAAAAAAUCUAUAAAAUGGGAAGGUGUUUUCACUGAUUAGCCUGUGAUGACUGCACAGGCUUAUCUGGGACAACACUUUACGCACAUGGAUUAAGCCCUGUUUUCUGUGAGGGUAGCUCAAAUCAACACACCAAUGGCUAUUGAAUUCAUAGCAAAAACUUUUCAGUUUAAUCUCUUAAAUCUCUGACUAGCACAGUUAACAGUUUACAAAUGUUUUUACAAGACACCUCCGUAAAAUAACCAAGUCAAGGCUUUCUGAUUGGCAGAAUGCAUUGUUCAAUCACAUGCUGUUGGUUGGUCAAUUGCGAUUCAGCUAAAAAGUACUGGGGAAUAAUUUGUAAGAAUAUAUUCUUGCCUAAAGGUCAGUGUUGAGUAUUGUAUCUGAUAUAUACCAAAAUUAAAUUUUGCUAUGUAAUAAAAGGAUUAAAACCAA